ACUUUAUCAAUCACGCUUCUGUGUGUUAUCAUUCAUCGAAACAGUAAUCAAGUCAAGUAAUGAGUGCGUUUUUGUGCUUUUUUAGUGCUUUUAUUACUGUUGGAGUCGUGUGUUCGAGUAUAUUGCGAAAAUAACUUUAGUAGAUGUGACUUCUGAGAUUUUAAAUUCACUUGUUUUCAAUAUUUCAUCGAUGCAAAAGUUUAGGAGAUACUUCAAUGAGGCUCCCUUGAUUAUCUAUACUCUUAGAAGUAAAGGAAUAUGUCGUAAUCAAAUUCUCGAUGCAAUACCUGUGGGAUGUUUAUAUUGCUCCUUCCCGCUGAGAUUCAAAUCAACGUCCCCAAUACAGUCUCGUAAAAACAAUCCGUUGUUGAGCGUUCUUUCAAAAAGGAAUUGUUUUCAUCCUGGUGUAUCAUCAAUUGGCCAUAAUGCUGCGUUCAAAGAAGAUGGUUCUAAACAGAUCACCAGUAAAGAUAUGCUCAAAGCAAUGUUAUCUUAUAUUUGGCCGAAAGAUGAUAAAUCUAUUAGAAAUCGGGUGAGCGUAGCAUUAGGAUUACUUGUUGGAGCCAAAGUGUUGAAUGUAGCCGUACCAUUUUUAUUAAAAUUCGCAGUCGACGACCUGAAUGCUUACCAUGCAGCCAAGAACGGAGGCGAAGCAUUGGUCAGUCUAUCUUCAGCUCCAGACACGAUUUUAGCGGUUGCCACUUCCCUAUUGAUUGGAUACGGUGUUGCUAGAGCUGGUGCUGCUGGUUUUAACGAAUUGAGAAAUGCCGUAUUUGCAAAGGUUGCUCAACAUUCUAUACGACGAAUAGCCAAAAACGUUUUUUUACAUCUUCACAAACUAGAUUUAAGUUUUCAUCUCAGCAGACAAACCGGAGCGCUUUCAAAAACAAUUGACAGAGGAAGUCGAGGUAUUAAUUUUGUCUUAACAGCGAUGGUAUUCAAUAUUGUACCUACUAUAUUCGAACUUGCCUUAGUCAGCAGUAUUCUGGGCUUAAAAUGUGGAGGCUCAUUUGCAAUACUUUCUGUUAGCUGCGUUGGUGUUUACGCAAUUUUUACUUUAGCAAUUACACAAUGGAGGACAAAAUUCCGGGUUUUUAUGAAUCGUGCAGAAAACGAAGCAGGCAGUAAAGCAGUCGAUUCUUUAAUCAAUUAUGAAACUGUCAAGUAUUUUAAUAAUGAACUAUACGAAGCGGAGAGAUACGAUAAAGCUUUAAAAAAAUAUGAAGAAGCUUCGCUUAAAACGAGUACUAGUUUAGCAUUGUUGAACUUUGGUCAAAAUGCUAUUUUCAGCAGUGCCAUUAGUAUUGCUAUGAUAUUGGCAGCGCAGCAAAUUGGCGCAGGUGCGUUAACUGUGGGAGAUUUAGUGAUGAUCAACGGAUUACUUUUUCAGUUAUCGGUUCCCUUGGGAUUUUUAGGGUCCGUUUAUAGAGAAGUUCGGCAAGCUUUAAUCGAUAUGCAGACUAUGUUUACAUUAAUGACUAGGGAUCCUAUAAUAAAAAGUCCGCCAACUGCUGAAAAAAUACUUUUAAAUAGUCAAAAUGCAGAAAUAGAAUUUAAAAACGUUGGUUUCAGUUAUGUUCCUGGAAAGAAAGUUUUUCAAGAGCUCUCUUUUACUGUACCAGCGGGCAAAAAAGUUGCCAUAGUUGGAGGAUCAGGAACGGGUAAAUCUUCAAUUGUUCGAUUGCUAUAUCGAUUUUUUGAACCAGAUUGCGGUGAGAUUUUGAUAGCCGGGAAAAAUAUCAAAGAUUUGAAUUUAGAAAAUCUACGAAGCGCUAUAUCUGUAGUUCCGCAAGAUUCUGUGCUGUUUCACGAUACAAUAAUUUAUAAUUUACAAUAUGGAAACCUCAAGAAAUCAGAAGAAGAUGUAUACAACGCUGCUAGAUUAGCCAACUUACACGAUUCAAUUCUUCAAUGGCCUGCUGGUUACCAAACGCAAGUUGGCGAAAGGGGCCUAAAAUUAUCAGGAGGUGAAAAACAACGAGUUGCUAUAGCACGAGCUGUUCUGAAAGAUUCGCCAAUUUUAAUAUUUGAUGAAGCCACCUCAUCUUUAGAUUCUCUUACAGAAAUGAAUAUUUUAGAUGCAUUGAGACGAGCAACUCAAGGCAAGACUAGCAUCUGUAUUGCGCAUCGUUUAUCUACCGUCAUGGAUGCUGACGAGAUUUUAGUUUUGAGUGGAGGUAGAUUAGCAGAAAAAGGAACGCAUAAAGAAUUUCUGCAGAAUCCUAAGAGUAUUUAUUAUCAAAUGUGGCGUAUACAACACGACGUUCAUUCGAAUGGAGGGUCGUGAAUCAUACAAUCAAAAUUGACUUUAUUUAGCUAUGAGUUUAUGCCUACCGAUUUUUAAAGUUAUUGUAAAAAUUCUGUAUCACCCUCACACUACUUAUUUUGUUUUUUUUGUUUUCGAUAAAAAUUAUAACCUACUCGUAUGUUGA